UGAAUAGUAGAGUUCUGCUGAAAUGCCAUGGAAGAGCUGUGCCAUGAUGCUCAACGAGCAUACGAACUGCUCAUGCGUGCUGCUGAACCGGUUCUUAGAUAUGGCAACGUGCAGCAGAUGCUCGCCCUUCCCUGAGAUUGGAUUUUUCCAAGAAGCUAUGUCUUUGAUCUCAAAGAUGUCUGAGGCAUCGACUUACAUCAAGAGAAAGGCAGAAACAGCGAUGCGACCACAGACUCGCAUUGGCGUGGGCAGACCCGUGUACAGCAUUGGCCAGCUGGUAAGGUUCAUCAUGUUGGGCUUGCAUUUGAGAAAUGCCGAUGACUUCAAAGCUGCACUCAGUGCAGCGCUACAGCUUGCGAGUGGUUCUAGUGAAUUCAUCAAGGAGAGUGACCUUGUACCAGAUGGACCAAGUGGCUCCACCUUCACCAGGGCAAGGCUACGACGCGAGUGAGAAGCGGAAAGACAUGAUGCUUAUUCAAGAGUUUUCAGCCAGGGCACCUGACGCGGUGGCUAGGUAUCUCCAAGAUGUCUCUGAAGCAGAUCUCGUUGACAACGAGGUUCAUGUGGAGCAGCGUGCUUCUCUUGCCGUGCAGUGCAGAGCAAUGCCCAUAGUAUCGCUUGGUAAAGGUGCGCAGCGCAAUCACAGUUAUGAAGUUGGUAAUGCGCCUCAAGUGAAUUUCCGAGCCCUGUUGAACGACACGGCAGAGAAUUUGAAGACAUUGCCUUCAACGAGUGAGAAGCAGGUAGGCUUUCUAGCGCUUGAAGAUGAUACCGAAGCUCUUCACGAUAUAGAGACCAAGGACCCUUCAAUGCCAGACCAAGCAGAGUCAGAGGAAGCAGAACGGCUAUCCAAACUCUAUCCAAAUUCCAUCAGGACUAGCGACGUCAAGCACAUAGUUGACAACAUGCUGCAUGAAUGUUUGGACAGUAUGAC